GGCACCCAGAAUAGCCCAUGGAAGGAUAUAUAACGAGGCAUUGUGCCCCAGGCCACCAGAAAGCGGAUCUCUCUGCCAUCAGAGGCUUAGAUUCACCACUGAAGCGGGCAAAGCAGUGUGGGAGAUGUGGCGACUCACAUAGAACUCAAACUGCUUUUGACCUGCACAGACGGCAGCAUAAAACUUAGAAAAAUCUGGAACUGACAAAGACAGAAGACCUUUGGGAUCUGCACUAGGAUUCUACAAACGGUCUGGAUUUUCAUUUCUUGUUCCUCAUUCUGAACUGAACACAGAGGAAACUUCACCGUGGAAUAUGAAGGACAUUCUCCAGUGCCCCACAUCCCAGUUGCCACGCUACAGCCACUAUUCGCCCGUGCAGUACACGAAGAGUAGCUACACAGCUACACUGUACACCCCCACACACUACACCCCCACACAUUACACCCCAACAGCACAUUAUACCCCCAAACAUAACACAUCUACACGCUACACUCCUUCGAACUACACCCCCACACACUACACCCCCACACAUUACACCCCUUCGAAAUGUGGCCGCACACAGUGCAGGUCCUCCCCUGUGGCACUCAAGCCGGCUCGCAGUGUCCGCUUCCCCAAUGACAUCGUCUUCCAGGAUCACAUCCGGCAGGGCGACCUGGAGCAGAUCGGCCGGUUCCUCAGGGCUAAAAAGGUGCGACUAGACACCAUCUACCUAUCGGGCAUGGCGGCGCUUCACGAGGCCGUGCUGACAGGGAGCCUGGAGUGCGUGAAGUUGCUGGUGAAGUACGGGGCUGACGUGCACCAGCGGGAUGAAGACGGCUGGACGCCGCUGCACAUGGCCUGCAGCGACGGCUACCCUGACAUUGCCCGGUACCUGCUCUCCCUGGGGGCCAGUGUGGAGGCAAAAAAUGAAAGCGGGGAGAAGCCGGCUGACCUCAUCGACACAGACUGCAAGGAGCUGGUUCAGCUGUUUGCGGUGGGCUGUGCCUGAAGCCAGACUGGGCGUGGCCUACUCAGAUUGGACGUGGCCUACUCAGAUUGGGUGUGGCCAACUCAAAUUGGGUGUGGCCUACACACGGUGCAUGGGCUUACCCGGGCUGCAGCCCAGAGGCCUCCACAAAACCACCACCCCCUUGUCAACAGCCUUUACCAUCACCAACCCCCUACACCCCCUUCCCUGUUGAUGACUGCACCAUCAAAGCCAACAGCAGCGGGACCUCUGAGAACUAAAAUAGCCAAGGGGCCUUCAACCAAGUUAAUCUCCAGCUACAGACACGCACUGCUGAAGAGCGCGUACCCUCCACCAGCACCCACACACCACCUAAGGGACAGUAGACACUGGACUGUGACAGUGACGUAUCCCAGCUUCCUCUUCGAUAUGUUAAUCCACUUAGUUGACUGGGAAGGCCACCACUAUUUGGGUGCCUUGUAAUACAGACCUCUUGAUCCUAUCUACCUUGUUAACCCUCCAUGUAUGUCUUAACUUCUGAUGAUCUCUUACGUAACCAAUCCAGUUAGUUCCAGCCACCUUGGCGGGUACUUGAAUGUAGGAUUUUGCAAAGGCUUGAUGCAUUUGGGCAAAUUGUCACGUAGUAUAAGGUGACCAAUGUAUAAUGAAAAUGUAGAAAGUGUGAUCUCAUAGGUGUGCAUGCUUUAAGAGAAUAUAGUGUGUUUUCCGUUCUGCUGUGCAGACUGCUGGACACUUUAAUACUUGUACGACCAGUUCACUAUAAAUAGUAAAUGAGUAACUGAGAGGACAGUUAAGGACAUUAACAAUAAAUCAGUGAUAUUAUAAAUCAUGACGGAAGUGCAGUUUUGACCUGCUAACAAUGUAUGGUACGUGAUGAACAUGCACUGUCUCCUUAAAGUCUUAUGUUUUUUUAAGUGCAAUUUUUCAUAUAUAAAGUUUCUUUUUAUGAAAGUUUUAUAAACAUGUUUUGUAUUUGUGUGAUGCAAAUUUUAUGCAGGCUAUCAAAUUUCACUACCUAGGCAUUAUACUGUUACGCAACAAUCGUAGAUUAUAAAUAAUAGGCAUUAAAUAUUAUUUGAAUGAUA